CCAUCUUCACACGUAUCUAUCCUUCUAUGCACCACCAACUUCGCCGAUGGAGGACGAAGCUGCGAUGGGGGACAUCCUUGCGUAUGUUACCAAGAUGGCCCGCGAGUUUCGCAAGCAGCGGUACGAUGACAACAACGCACCGCUCCUCUACGUCCGCAUUCAAGUUGGGCAAGCGGCCUGCAAUGCUUUCCUGGAUAGCGGCGCGUCUCACAAUUUCGUGAGCCAAGCCUUUAUGCCAAGGGCUGGCCUUGGCACACAAGUUCGGAGGAAGGCCAACCCGACGGCGAUCAAGUUGGCGGACGGAAGGACGCAACAACUUAUCGACCGCUACAUCGAGGUCGUUCCUGUGUAUUUCGCACCUCAUGCAUGCAAACCGGUGACAUUCGACAUUUUGGACAUGGACUUCGACACUAUUUUGGGAAUGCCUUCGCUUGCAAGUGCGGAUCACACGGUCAACUUCCACUGUCGGACUCUCGCCGUUCGGGACGCCUUCGGCGCCGAAGUGCUGUGUACUAUUCCUCUUUCGCACCCUUCGAUCCGGUGCCAAGUGGUGACGGCCAAGUCAUUCCGGGCUUAUUGCGCUUACGAGCAGCCCGACGAGAUAGGCCUAUGCUUCCUAUGGACCGUCGUGGCAGCCGACUCUUCACCCACGGACUUGUCUUCAGACCCCCGUGUGGGGCGGUUGCUUAACGAGUUCGCCGACAUCUUCGAGUCACCUACCGGUGUGGAGCCGGAUCGGCCGAUCUCUCACGAGAUCAUUCUUGAGGCCAGUGUCGUGCAACCGAAAGGUUGCAUUUAUCGCAUGAGCGAGGAGGAGCUUACGGUCCUCCGCGCGCCACUCGACGACUUGUUGGACAAGGGCUGGAUCCACCCUAGUAGCUCUUUAUAUGGAGCACUAGUUCUCUUCGUACGGAAGAAGAACAAGGAUCUACGAUUGUGCAUCAACUUCCGCAAGCUCAACUCGCGAACUGUCAAGAAUGUGGGGCCUCUUCCUCGUAUCGACGAUCUUCUUGAGCGAUUGGGUGGCGCAAAGUGUUUUUCUAAGUUGGAUUUGAAAUUGGGAUAUCAUCAGAUUUCGAUCCGGCUGAACGAUCGUUACAAAUCCGCGUUCAAGACGCCGUACGUGCAUUUCGAGUGGGUGAUCAUGCCUUUUGGCCUCACCAACGCCCCGACGACCUUUCAAGCGACAAUGACCAACGAGUUUCGUGCAAUGUUCAACCAGUUCGUGCUGGUCUACUUAGACGACAUUCUCGCCUAUAGUCGAACAUUGGAGGAUCAUCUUGAGCACCGUCGACGAGUGUUGGAAACGCUCCGCCACGCCAAGUGUAAAGCCAACCGCGACAAGUGCGAAUUUGUCCAUCAAGAGCUGGAAUACUUUGACCAUUUUGUCCACCGGAGGGCAUCAGUCCGUUGUUAGACAACAUUCAAUCCAUCCAAGAAAGGCCGGAGCCGCGGAACAUCACAGAUGU